GGGAAGAGCGGGCACCCCGGCGCUGUUACUGUGAAACACUUCAGGCCCGGUUUGUCGCCACAAACUGGGGAUGACCCCGUGGUGAUGCGGAGCGCUGGCUUCAUGCCGCUGUCGUCCCGCCGUGCCUUCGUGAGUCCCGACGGUCCGAGACCCACAGCCACCACCACCGCCGCCACCGUCGCCAUGGCCUUGGUGUUGUCACCCCGCUGCACAUCUGUCAGACUCCUGGCCACCGCCGUCCUGCUCCUGGUGUCGGUGACCGCCGUGCAGUCCUCCCAGGGCGACAAGGAGCCGGUUUACCGGGACUGCGUGAAGCAGUGUGUCCGGACAAACUGCACCGGAGCUCGGCUACGGGGCUUCGAGUCCGCCCAGCCGCAGUACAUGGCGCUGACAGGUUGGACGUGCAGGGACGACUGCCGCUACCAGUGCAUGUGGACCACCGUGGGUCUUUACCAAGCUGAGGGGUACAGGAUCCCACAGUUCCACGGCAAGUGGCCGUUUGCGCGCUUCCUGUGUUUCGAGGAGCCGGCGUCUGCUCUGGCCUCUCUCCUCAACGGCCUCGCUUGCCUUCUCAUGCUGCUGCGCUACCGGAGCACGGUGCCACGCCAGAGCCCCAUGUACCACACCAUCAACGCCUUCUCUCUGGUGUCUCUCAACGCCUGGUUCUGGUCCACAGUGUUUCACACCCGGGACACCUAUCUCACUGAGAAAAUGGAUUAUUUCUGUGCGACAGCAGUCAUUUUAUACUCGAUCUACCUUUGCUGUGUCAGAACGCUGGGUCUGAGGCGCCCCGGGGUGUCCAGCAUGGUGGGAGUCCUGCUCAUCUUGGCCUUUACCUCGCACGUGUCCUACCUGACCUUCGUCAGUUUCGACUACGGCUACAACAUGGCUGCGAAUGCCACAAUCGGCAUGGUGAACCUCCUGUGGUGGCUGUGCUGGUGCUGGCAGAACCGGCGGACGCUGCCCUACUGGUGGAAGUGCGGCCUGGUGGUGCUGCUGCUUCACGGCCUGGCCCUGCUGGAGCUGCUGGACUUCCCCCCGAUGCUCUGGAUCCUGGAUGCCCACGCUGUCUGGCACCUCAGCACCGUCCCAGUGCACUUCCUUUUCUACAGUUUCCUGAUAGACGACAGCCUCUACCUGCUAAACACAGAGAAGAUGGGCGUUAAAGUCGAGUAGGAGGAGCUCAUGGCCUCGUCACCACGCCUACACCCCCGCACCUCUCCCGCCAGGGCGGCGGGACGCCCGAACACCGAAGUAGCGCAGCCUUCCAGAUGACAUGCAUGAAACCACCACUAUGACUUUCAUCGAAGUUGUUUACAUUUUUCUUUUUCUUGUAUUCAUUCGGGGUCGGGGUGGGGUUGGGGGUUAACCCUCUGGAAGAUUGUCCCGAUUGAUGCUUGCUCUACUUUUGCCUUGUACCGACACGUGUGCUACCUUUCUUUCUCUUGCCACUCACCGUACGUGACCUCAAGGGGCGGAGCGAGGGCAGGCGAAGGAGCGGUGAUUCCUCACAGCACUUUUUGACCUGCCGACAUGAGCGGAGCGCGCGUCCUGUCCCGCGUGCACUUCAGAAAAAUUGAAUACGUCCAUUAGCUCUGUGCAAGAACGUGGCAGUUUGCCGUGUCCGACGAUAGGUGGCGCCACAUCGCUGGCCAGGCUUCUCUGUGUGUGUGUGUGUGUGUGUGUGUGUGCACUGCAACAUGUGUGUGGGGGGGUCAGUCUGUGCCAAAAGUGGACACAGAGAGGUACCUCUCGUGAAGGGAGGGGAGGGAAAAGAGGGAGGGGAAGGGGGGGGAUGCCAGCUGAUUGUUCUAGAACGAGAGGGAAGGGGGCGUUUAUGUCGGAGGCCAUUCCAGCUGACUGGGGUUUUUUUUUCUUCUCACCAUCACACCUUUAUUUUUGUGCCUCUCUUGUUUCCACUGCUGCUUUUGUGUCUUGUUCUGACGUUAUUAUUAUUAUUUCUAUUUUCUGCCUCGGCCAGUCCUUGACCAAUGUGUGCUUUAUUCUGUUUUACUUCGGUGACUUCAUUUUUUUUUUUGUUUGUUUGUUCGUUUUAGUGGGACAUGCCCGAUGAUCAUACAGUGGAAGUAUUAUUUUUAUUCACCUGAACUGCCUUUUAGUGUGAGGGAUGAUUGCGGUAGGACAAAUAAGCAAUGCAACGGGAAGCUGCAGUCAAAUUUAUAUUAUUUUCAUUACAUAAAGAGUUUCUAAUAAAUUCUGGGGACAGCUGGCGUGUGUGUGUGUGUGUGUGCGCACUCGUGUGAAUGGUGUUUGCUUUAUGUCCAUUAGUUUUUUAAUUUCCUCCUGCUGUCACAUCAUCCUCAGAAAACCACCUCCAUCAAAUACUCGUCCUCCUCCACGUUUGCCUUACACACUGUGUCAUCACAUUCUUUUCAACAAGUCUUUCAUUUACAUUUAUUUUUAUCCCAGAGUUGACACCAAAAGCUUUGAACUCAUCCCACGUACGUCCUCGUCCCCCAGAGCUUCCCUCCCGUGUGUGCACUUUACGAGCGUGCGUACAUUUGUGUUUGAGAUUCUGCCCAUGCCUUUGUACUCCUGCGUGAGAAUGCGAACAAUGCCCAGUAUGCGUGUACACGUUGCCUUCACUGGACAUAGUAGGCUGUUAUUUUUUUUUUGUGCGUGUUUUUUUUGCCGUCACAAACUAAACCACUGUGUGCGAGAGAGUGAGCGAGGACUAGACGGUACUCGCGUGCGUGUGCGUGUGUAAAUAUAUACGUUGGAGGUUUCGCGGCGUGAAAUGCGCGUGAGACGGGUAAAUUUAGCUUCGCUGACAGCUCGUGAUGGGGGCGCGGGGGAAGACGGAGGACGGAAGAAGCGGAGAGGUUGUCAUUUUGUCAGGUUUGGGUGGCAGAAAGAUUCCAGAAAUCACAAUAGUGGAAUUUUUACAAUUCAAAACACACAUAAUGUGUUAAUGGUUAUUGGCCAAAAUGAUCUGUCUUCUCAGAUGUGGCUUUUGUUUAGCAUGAAAUUGUGUAUCAGGCCCUGUUGUACGAUAUAUACUUUCAAAAUGAUACAACUAGAAAUAACUGAGUAGCCUGUUUGAAACCAAAACUAUUCGUCAUCAGAUUAGAAGUUAACUCGGCCAUCUCAUCGGUAUUUGUGUGUGUUAUGAUAAGUUGAAGAUUUACUUGAGAAUUUACCAUAAAACAAGCUUUUCUUUUUUUCUACUCUGUAAAUCAUUCCACUGUUCAUUUCCUUCUUCCUUGCCAGUAACCACAUCUCUCCUCUGCUGCCCCCUGCCUGCAGCCCCGUGCACCAUCACCUCUCCUACUGAGAGCACUUUCCUCCGCCUCACAUCUAAUGUUUGACCAAAAAAAAAGAACAAGAAGAAACACUUCAGAAAUGGAAUAAAUAAAAGUGUUAUUUGUUGAUAA